CACCGAGCUCCCUCUCCCGACGUUCCGUGCAGGCGGAAGGAAGCGCUGUUGGUGACUCUGCAAACAUGAAUACCCGAGGAUUUGGAUCUCAGCUGAAAGAUAGUAUUCCAGUUCCAGAUUUUUCAUCUCAUGGGUCAUUUGAAAGCUGUGAUACAUUACGAAAAGGUUUCACAAAUGCAAAGAGUGAACUUUUUCCUGCCCAUCCUUUGGAGCUAUCAGAGAAAAAUCUUUCAUUGAAUGAGGAUAAGAUGGAUUUUUCUACUCUAAGAAAUAUUCAAGGGCUGCAUGCACCGCUGAAAUUACAAAUGGAGUUCAAAGCUGUGAAACAGGUCCAGCGACUUCCUUUCCUUCAUAGCUCUAACCUGUCAUUGGAGAUCUUGAAAGGCAGCUAUGACUGCAUUGGUUUUGAGGAUAUUCUGAAUGAUCCAGCACAAAGUGAAGUAAUGGGAGAUUCUCAUAUGAUGAUGGAGCACAAACUUGGUUUAUUAUAACAUCCACAUACUCCAGACAUACUGUACAUGGAUAUGUUUCUUGCCUGUGUCCCUGCAGAUUAAGUAAACCAUAUUAAAUGGCUGCCAUACCAUAUUUUGUUCAUAUACAUAAUCUCUUACCUACCUUGAUGAAAAGGCACAUUAAAUGCUUGAAGUAUGUUGACUUUUGUUCUGUGUUUACUGUCAAUAUAAAUGUAAUUAUUUUAAAAUAUCACAGGAAAUCAGUAUCUCUAUUCAGGGCUAUAGUUACUUCACGUCCACAUUGUAGAAACCUGCAGACUAAAAAGUAUAGAAACAGGACAUUUUUAAAAAUGAUUUUAAAAAUACUAGAUUGGAUGUUCUUUUGCAACUUAUAACCCGGGUAUUUGCUGUUGAAUCUUU